CCCAUUCUUUGUGGGUUCCUGGUUCUCUGCGGGUUCUUUCCUGCUGAAGACAAUUCUCUUCCUCUCCCAGUCCCCAAGACUGGGGGGUUAAGCUCAGGGCUCCAGUGGUUUGGGCCUCAGCCUCAUGGGUGGAAUGUGCCUGCCACCCCCAGGCUAGACGAGGGGGCAGAGGGUCAGGGUGGGCAUUCGUUGUGCCGCUUUUGAGCUUUGUGGGCCAGAGCUGGGUGUAGGGCUGGACAAUGAGCCUCCUCUUCCUUGAAAGAAGGAAUUUUGGCUGAGACAAUAGGGCCCUGUCUGCUCUGGCAUGGGGGGUGGUGGCUGACUCAAUUCUGUUCCCCCUAAGCCGUAACAAAUGUCAUCAAGAGAGGGGGGCAGUUUUCCCCUUGGUGCCCUGGGCUGCCCCCCUGCCCCUUUGUGACGACUUGCCCUUCUAGCUUUCCUCAGCUGAUCUUGCUUUUUCUUCCAUAACCUGAACGGCUUUGUUCCCUGCAGCUGGUUCUCUCCCUGCCCCCUAACUCUCCCCUAGUCUGUGUUGGGUUCAAGGGGGUACUGGUGGUGUUACAAGAGCUCAUAGCUUCUGAUUUGGGGAGUCCAGAAAUAGGGGCCUCAGAGGGUUGGAAAGAUACUUCUAGGGAGCCCUUUGCUGGGGUGGGGAUGAGGGUAGUGGGACUUGACCCUACUGAGCUGACCCUGCUGGAGCUAAGGAGGAGGCUUGUGGGAGGGGGCAGGAAUGGGAGGACUCUCUGGCCCAGCCCCUCCUCUCCUUCUUAGCCUGCCAGGCCCACCCACCAGUCUGAGCUGCUUCUGCUGAGGCUGGUCUGCCUGAAGCCUCCCAGGAGAAAGAAGCCAGCCUGUAGGGUCCAGCAUCAAAGCGAAUCAUGGGGUCCAGGGCUGAGCUGUGCACUCUUUUAGGCGGAUUCUCCUUCCUCCUGCUACUGAUAUCAGGCGAGGGGGCCAAGGGUGGAUCCCUCAGAGAGAGUCAGGGAGUCUGCUCCAAGCAGACACUGGUGGUCCCGCUCCGCUACAACGAGUCCUACAGCCAACCAGUGUACAAGCCCUACCUGACCUUGUGCGCUGGGAGGCGCAUCUGCAGCACUUACAGGACCAUGUACCGCGUUAUGUGGCGGGAGGUGAGGCGGGAGGUUCAGCAGACCCAUGCAGUGUGCUGCCAGGGCUGGAAGAAGCGGCACCCGGGGGCGCUCACCUGUGAAGCCAUCUGCGCCAAGCCUUGCCUGAACGGAGGCGUCUGUGUUAGGCCUGACCAGUGCGAGUGCGCCCCCGGCUGGGGAGGGAAGCACUGUCAUGUGGACGUGGAUGAAUGUAGGACCAGCAUCACCCUCUGCUCGCACCGUUGUUUUAAUACGGCAGGCAGCUUCACCUGCGGCUGCCCCCACGACCUAGUGCUAGGCCUGGACGGGCGCACCUGCAUGGAGGGGUCCCCAGAGCCCCCAACCAGUGCCAGCAUACUCAGCGUGGCCGUUCGAGACGCGGAAAAAGAUGAGCGCGCUCUGAAGCAGGAGAUUCAGGAGCUGCGAGGGCGCCUGGAGCGGCUGGAGCAGUGGGCCGGUCAGGCUGGGGCCUGGGUCAGAGCGGUGCUGCCCAUGCCGCCUGAAGAGCUGCAGCCAGAACAGGUGGCUGAGCUCUGGGGCCGGGGUGACCGGAUCGAAUCUCUCAGCGACCAGGUGCUGCUGCUGGAGGAGAGGCUAGGUGCCUGCUCCUGUGAGGACAACAGCCUGGGCCUCGGCGUCAAUCAUUGAUAAGAAGCCUCUACAGCACCCCUGCCCCCUAAUUUAUACAGAAACCGGACCCACUAAUCCUCUGGGAUUGGCCGACUGUGAGCUGCAGAUAAAGCUAUCAGCCACCAAAGAGCAAUGAACAAUGGAAACUUCAGAGAGCUGAAGAAAGGGGGAGGCCUGUGUUCUUGGCCCACCCCUGAGUCUUCUGGCUGGGGGCAGGUUGCCUGGGCAAGAACUGCUUCUUCAAUUCCUUAACAAAUGCAACCACCAAGCACCCAGAUCUCUCUCUCUCUUUAUUUUCAGUUUUUUGCUGUUAUCCAGUAAUUAAUAAAAACUAACCACGCAAAACUGGGUCCCACCCUCUCCUUUUGCUCCCAGCCUACCUCCCCAGUUGUGGGAACAGGUCUGGAGUGAGAGGCAGGGAGUGGCUAAUGCCACCAGGAAGAAAUGAAAACUGGCUCAGAGAGGGGGAAGCCUCAACAGAAAAAGAAAUAAAUUAAAAGCCCUCCUAUCCCCUCCAGCCAGGGUUCGUUCCUUUCCCCAACUCCCCAGGGGGCAGAAGUGAGUGCAGCACCUGAUGUCUGCUUCUUCCCCUUGUGUCUGGUGAGAUGGUGCAGCAGGGCUGCAGGGGGCUGGGUGGGGUCAUGUCCACUGAAGAACUGUACCAUGGGGACAGAAAACCAGAAAUGUGGAGACUGAACUGGUAUCCCAGAGAGUGCACGACCCUGGGCAUCUGGGCAAGGGCAGGCAUGAGACCUCUGAAUUAGAAGGGUCCAGCCCCCACUGACGGGAGGCUACACUGGGAGGGAAGGUGAAGAUGCUGAGGAAAGCUCCCAGGGUGAGCCUGGGAGUGCUUCAGGUAUCAACUUCCAGCCAGAGGGCGAGAAGUCCUCCUCACAAAUGGAUGAGUCCAUUGAAUCCAUGGACUUUGGAGUAG